AUGCAUCUGACGCGGGCCCUCCGCAAUGUGUCUCUCAGACUGACCCCGCACCAACCCCCACCCGCGCGCUUCGCGAGCCGCCAAAAGGAGGAGGCGACGCCCAUUUCGCCCCCGGCGCUUCUGCGGUCGCAGCACGAGAUGCGUCUUUUUCUCCCCGUCUCUCUCUCUCUCUCUCUCUCUCUCUCUCUCUGUUUCUUCUUGGUUUUCCUGCAAAGGCUGCACGCGCAAAUGAAGCGCCAGGAGGAGAAACUAAAGCAACUCCAAUCGUACGGCUACAGCAAAACAAAGUCGGCGCAGGCGCUGAAGGACGCCGGCAACAACGUUGAUGUCGCACUUGCAAUACUAAAACGGCAGCGAGGACAGCCGUCGACGCCGCCCAGCGCGACGCCGGUGCGGCCGAAUCAAGCCGGUCGCGCGGUGGAAGUCGUCAACACCCCUCCAAGGGAGAAAAAGCACCCUUGCAUUGUGCAGCACAAGAAGUGCCGCUACGGGGAUUCGUGUCUCCUGCGAGACUACCCUGGCGACGUCUGCAUCAACCACUUCUUCGGGUCCUGCGCGUUCGGCAGCGCUUGCUGGAAGCGGCACUACGUGGACGGCGUCGACAUACGCGCGGCCCAGCGCCCCGAGCCGCGGGACGAGACGAUGCGGCUUCAGACGGGCGUCAUCCUCAAGCUGGACAGAGUCAGUGGCAACCACCUGCUCGUCGGGAGGCCCGUAGGGCGGGCGGAGGCGGAGGCGGCGGCGGCGGCGGCGGCGGCGGCGUUGGCGGUGGAGCCGCCGCCGCCAAGCCGCUUCAACCUCAUCCAGGGCUCCGAGCCGACGCACACAGACCCCCGCCCACUGGAGUGGCAGAGGCAGUCGACUUUGCUUGCGGCGGCCGUGCAGGCGCCGCGCCCCUUUUUGGAGGCGGUGCGAAAACAGCCUCCAGAACAGUGCAAGACGCCGUCCCCACCAUUGCCGCCGCAGAGGCUGAAACUGCCUCCAGCCUAUUCCGACGCCGCCUCCGCCGCACGCACGGGAAAGCAUCCUUGCAUUUUCCAGAUGGGUUCAUGCAAGUACGGGAAGAAUUGCAUGCACGCGGAUAGAGACGAGGAUGUCUGCGUUUACUUUCUGAAUAAUUGCUGUAAUCGUGGGGCAGCUUGCCCGUACCGCCAUGAGUCCAAUGCGGAGUUCGUUCGGCGCGCCAAGCCGCAACUGUUUGGAAGUGCCUCGCCGGGAGAGUCGCCUUCGCGUGUUAUUGUCAUGCGACCCGGGGAGACGACGCAGGGGGCAUAUGUCGAUUUAUUGCGGCAGCAGCAGCAACAACAACAACAACAUGAAGGAGGGGCAACGUUUGAGCAGAGGCAGCCAGUGCAUCUGUCAAGUUUUCUUCCUGACUUGGGGCCUGGCGACGACAACGACGAGGAAGAGGAUGGACUUUGCGGGGGUGGGGAGCCGCAGACGCCGCCGGAAGGCCACGGCGGUCUCCUGGGCGACCGUGAGCUGGGUGCGUUGAUGUCGCUACUUGAGGCGUUCCCAAGCACCGAGCCACUUCUUGUGCUGCACGCCCUUCGCUCCGCCAACGGGGAUUCCAAUUUGGCGGCAGACACGCUGAGUAAGUUGAACGGCUUUGAGACCAUCGAGGACGUUGAGGCGUGCCUUGCGCGGGAGCGGGCCGAGGAUGAGGCCUCGCAGGCGCAGGCGCAGGCGCGGACGCAGUCCACGCACGAGUCUCUCCUCACCCUCUGUUACUUGUUCCCCGCCCUGGACGUCCCCGCGGUUGAAGCCGUUCUGGGCACCUGCGGCGGCGACUACGCGGAGGCGUACGGCAUACUUCUCUGCUCGACAGAAAACAUCACGCGACAGGACUUGGGCAACUGCUGGAACGGGAACAUCAAGCCAGCGGACGAGUUGCGGCUGCAGCGGGUCUGCCAAAUGUUCUCCUCAGUGCCGAAGGAGGUGGUGCGCAGCACGUUUGGCGCGGCCGGCGGGGACGUGGCGGAGACCAUCUCCGCUCUUAAUGCGAUGACGAGUGACAUGCUGAGUGUGGAGGUGGAUACGGCGUCUGCAGCGCCUGCCGCCGUGGCGCCCACACCGUCAGCCGCCGAGGCGCUGCCGUCCUACUUGCUGCGGCCAAGUGCGACGCGGGAGGAGAUCCAGAAGUUCUACGAGGAGGUCGAGGACGAACUCCGCAUGCUGGGCGACUGGCGACGUGUAAGUGAGCAGGCGUAUAUCGUCAACGCCUGUCGCAUUCGCAUCAUGAGCCGGGCGACGCAGGCGUACAAUCGUGGCGACGGCAAGACGGCAAAGACGCUAAGCCGCCACGGCAAGCAGCUGGGCGCGGAGUACGUCCGACUGAACCGCAUCGCGAUGAUCGCGCUGGAGCGGGAGCGGCUUGCGCAGGACUCUGCAUCAACGCUGGACCUGCACGGGUUUCACGUGGAGGAGGCUGUGGAGGUGCUGCGGCGUCGCGUGCAGCUGUGCGUGCAGAAGCGCAUCCGGCGGCUCACAGUUGUGGUGGGCAGAGGGCGACACAGCCGUCGCGGCAACUCCGCCGUCUACCCCGUCAUCCUAAACCAGCUGCAGGAGGACCCGGAGCUCAAAAGCGUCGUGGAAGUCAGGUCGAAAAAACCAGCCUACUUUGAGGUCGACAUCAUAUUGCGUGAUCGGUAG